GCAAAAGGUACCGGAAGUCUUCUCCCGGAAGUCUCAGACCAGGAAGUGUUUUUGCGUUCCACAAGGUGCCAUGGCUGAUGUACCAGAAAACGCACCUCAGCACUGCCCUGGGACCGCUAGUAGCGAAGCAGGGAAGGGUUCAGCAUGCCAGGGAUGCCCCAACCAGUCUCUAUGUGCGUCGGGGGCAGUGACUGGACCUGAUCCAGCAAUAGAAGAAAUCAAAGAAAAAAUGUCCACUGUGAAGCACAAGAUUUUGGUUCUUUCUGGAAAAGGGGGAGUGGGAAAAAGCACAUUCAGUGCCCAUCUGGCUCAUGGUUUAGCUGCUGAUGAAGGCAAGCAGGUAGCUUUGCUUGACGUGGAUAUCUGUGGACCUUCUAUUCCAAAAAUUAUGGGUCUAGAAGAAGAGCAGGUUCACCAGAGUGGCUCUGGGUGGUCUCCAGUUUUUGUAGAAGAUAAUCUGGCUGUGAUGUCUGUUGGCUUCUUACUUGGGAGUCCUGAUGAUGCCGUAAUAUGGCGAGGUCCCAAAAAAAACGGAAUGAUCAAGCAGUUUCUGCGAGAUGUAGACUGGGGGGAAGUGGAUUACCUUAUAAUCGAUACCCCUCCUGGUACGUCGGAUGAACAUUUGUCUGUUGUGCAGUAUUUGAGCACAUCGCAUAUUGAUGGGGCUGUAAUUAUCACCACUCCUCAGGAGGUGUCUCUUCAAGACGUCCGCAAAGAAAUCAGUUUCUGUCGCAAAGUCAAACUUCCAAUUAUUGGGGUUGUGGAAAACAUGAGUGGAUUUGUUUGCCCGAAAUGCAAGAAUGAAUCGCAGAUUUUCCCACCAACAACUGGAGGAGCAGAGAAGAUGUGCUCUGAUCUUAAUAUACCCCUCCUGGGCAAGGUUCCUUUGGAUCCAACCAUAGGAAGGAGUUGUGAUGCAGGGAAAUCGUUUUUAACUGAAGCUCCAGAUUCACCAGCAACUGCCUCGUACAGAUCAAUAAUACAGAGAAUUCAGGAAUAUUGCGACAGAAAGAGUUAACUGAAGGUCAGAAGAGAAAGUAUGUGAUCUGCAUCCAAAUGCUGCAGCUGUACAUCAAUACAAUCCAGUAACAUCA